AUGUCAGACUUUGAAGGAAUGGAAGCAGGCAACGCAGCCGAUCCUGAUUCUUUUGCUUCGAACAUAACUUUAUCGGAUGGAGAUUUAGAAAUAAUUAUUAGCACGGACAAUUCUUCUAUACAAUUUGAAAGUAAUUAUGACAUUUUGGCGUGCUAUGUCCACGAUGACAGUCUAGAUUUAGAGGAGUUUUUUCGAAAUACUGAAUAUAGUGGGAUUGAUUUACCAUUGAAUGUCCAACAUGAAGAAAAUUUAAUUUAUGCUGAGAACUCAGCUGAAUCUGAUAAUGAGUUGGCAAUAUUAUUAGAAGAGCUGAGGCAGAAAUAUGCAUCGGAUGCUUCAGAUCUAGGAUGUUUUCAAUCAAAUCCAUUGUUGAGCAAUAAUUCUCAAUACAGAGUUUUCUUGACAGAGCAUACUGAGGACAGAACUCAACUAUUUAAUUGGUGCACCUGCACUAAUUGUAUAUUGAUGCCAACAACCUUAGAGUCCAUUUGCUGCAAAGAAAUAGCCAAUGUAGAAAACUACAUUGGCGAUUUCUCUUGUAUAAUUGAACAUGAGUUCUUCAACAUUUUCUGUGAGCGCGAGGAGACUGUUGAUAUUAUUCUACGAACAAUUGGACAAAUUCAAAAUACACCUCAUGAAAAACAUCUCAACAGGUGAUAAUAGUUUGUUAUUUUUUGUGGAUCAGGGCUUGUUGUCAUAGUUUGUAUGAAUUUACAUCAAAAAAAUGUAUUGGUAUUUUUUUUUUCAAUAAUUCAUUCAACAGAUACAUGUUUCUGUAAUUGACUUUCAGUCAAUAUGUAAAAAAAACUGUCUAAUUGAUCCAUCACAGAACAAUAAGGAAGGCUAUAGGGAUAAAUAUUUUUACUAAUAAAAUAAAAAGGAAAACUGUGUAAAGCUGUGUACAAGCAGUUGAAAGUCAGAGAUAAAUCAAUUGCACCAAACGCAAUUAUAAUUGUAGCAUUAGGCUCGGUACACACAAGAGUGUUUAGUAGCACGUUCCUACUUGCAUAAAAAAAAAUUAACAUACAAACACACUUGAACAGAUUUCUAUUCUGGAAUUUUUUUAAUUGAGUAAAUAACCUCUGUGGAUCACACUACACAGAAAUAAGUACAAGUGGUUCCUUUAU